AAGAAGUCCUCCGCUACAUUGAUAUGAUUGCUGAAGUAUCAACGGACAUAAUUAAGGAAUAUACAGAACUGGAAUUCAAAGCUGAAAAGGCCAUUAUGGACCUUUCACAAGAACAAUGCGAGCAGCCGAGGCAGAGUAACUGUGCAAAACUGCCCAAACUACAACUGCCUGUAUUUGAAGGAGAUAUUCUUAAGUGGCAUGAUUUUUGGGACCAGUUCGAAGCAAGUGUGCAUAUGGCAACCACCAACAACGCAUUGAAGAUGGCCUACCUUGUUGCGUCACUGAGAGGUUCAGCUCUAGAAGCUAUCGAGGGUUUGGGAACAACCAACCAAAACUACGGCAUUGCAGUAGAAACUUUAAAAAACCGGUACGGCAACAAGCAGUUCCUAGUCGAUGCCCACUACAAUGCGCUACAUCAGUUGGAGUGUGCUAAGGAGACACCUAGUGAAUGUAGGCGAGUCCUCAACAGCAUUGAGAAAAAUAUGAGAGUGCUGCAGUCACUGGGCAAGGACAUAAAUGGCAAUGGGUUCCGGACUAUAUUGCUGAACAAGUUUCCAGAGAAAGUAAUGUUUCAGUUGAAUAUUGCUAUUAAAAGGGAUAGUACAGUCUUAGCAAUACGAGAGCAGCUUGAUAACAUAAUCACUGCAAUGGAAUUAUCUCAAGCAAAGUCAGAUGUGGUGUCAGAAAACAGACCAACAUGCUCAACGGAUGCCCUACACAUACGGACACAAACGCGCAAUAAAGGAAGGAACUGGCAUAACAAUAAAGUAAAAACUGGAACAUCACAGGAACAUGCCAGCUGUCGUGACAAAAUACAAUUGAAGCGAAAUAUUACAACUGGCGCAGAUAGCAAUGUGAAAAGAACACGUAGGUCCUGCAUAUUCUGUGAUGGUGGACAUUAUAAUGACCAGUGUAAUACCUUUAAAAGUAUGGAAGAGAGAAUCAAGAAGAUAGGGAAUAGGUGCUUCAAAUGCUUUCAAGAAGGACACAGAAGUAAGCAGUGUCAAAAAAGGAUAAUAUGCUAUCACUGCACAGGACCCCAUAACCGCGCCCUAUGUCGUAAGAAGAUAUCAGACGGCAACGGCAAGGGUCCUGAGUAACAAUAAGAAACAUCCUUGCAGAAUUCUCAUGGAUAGUGGUAGCCAGAGAAGCUACAUAACUACACGCCUAGCAAACCUGCUAUCCAUAACACCUUCU